ACACACACACACACACACACACACACACACAGCUGAAACAUGACUACAUUUAGCUCGCCAUCAAUAUAGCUCUGGACCUGUGGGUGUGUGUGCUGCCUGGCAUUACUGGGCAACUGGACAGCAUCAUGGUGAGAGACACGGAGCGAGCAAGCAUCAGAGAGAGAGAGAGAGAGAGAGAGAGAGAGAGAGAGAGAGAGAGAGAGAGAGAGAGAGAGGGAGGGGGAGCAGUGGUCGGUUGGCAUUUGGCAAAAACAAAUCAGGAAAGAAGAAGCCUGUUGAAAAGCACCGCUGAGGGAACACAAAGACAUCUGUGAGUUUUCUGUCGGACUGUCUCAGGAUGACCGUCACUUAUUCUAGUAAAGUGGCCAACGCCACUUUCUUCGGUUUCCACCGGCUGCUGCUGCGCUGGAAAGGAAGCAUCUACAAGCUGUUGUACCGAGAAUUCACCGUGUUCGCUCUGCUCUACACCGUGCUCAGUGUCAUAUACAGGCUCGUCCUCACCGACCCUCAGAAGAGACUGUUCGAGAAACUUUCCAUGUACUGUGACAAAUAUGCUGAGCAGAUCCCUGUCACCUUCGUACUGGGUUUUUAUGUGACUCUGGUGGUGAAUCGAUGGUGGAAUCAGUUUGUUAACCUGCCCUGGACUGACAGACUCAUGUUCCUCAUCUCCAGCUGUGUUCAGGGUAAAGAUGAAUAUGGUCGCCUGCUGCGUCGGACCCUUGUACGUUAUGUCAACCUGACGUCGCUCCUCAUUUUCCGCUCCGUCAGCACUGCGGUCUGUAAACGCUUCCCAACUGUGGACCAUGUGGUUGAAGCGGGUUUUAUGACUCCAGAGGAGAGGAAGGUGUUUGAGAACAUCCGCUCUCCUCAUCUGAAGUACUGGAUUCCUGUUGUCUGGUUCUCCAACCUGGCGUCUAAAGCUCGGCAGGAAGGACGCAUCCAAGACAGCAUCGACCUGCAGAACAUUCUCAAUGAGAUGAAUCUGUUCAGGACUUGGUGUGCAACUCUUUUCGGCUACGACUGGGUGGGCAUCCCGCUGGUCUACACACAGGUCGUCACUUUAGCCGUCUACACGUUCUUCAUCGCUUGUCUGAUUGGUCGACAGUUCCUUGACCCCACCCAGGGUUACCAGGGUCACGACCUCGACCUCUACGUCCCGGUCUUUACACUGCUGCAGUUCUUCUUCUACUCCGGCUGGCUGAAGGUAGCGGAGCAGCUGAUUAACCCAUUCGGAGAGGACGAUGAUGACUUUGAAGCUAACUGGAUCAUUGACAGGAAUCUUCAGGUGUCUCUUCUGGCUGUGGAUGAGAUGCAUAUGAAUCUGCCUCAUAUGACCAAAGACAUGUAUUGGAACGUCAGUGAGGCGCGUCCGCCAUACACGCUGGCUGCUGCCGACUACUGCAUCCCUUCUUUCCUCGGUUCCACCAGUGACAUGGGACUCUCCGACAUCCUCCAGAUUGAUGAAGCUGACGUUACUGACAAUCGCCCACGGCAACAGGACUCUGUUCUGACUCGGCGCCAAGAAUCAGUUUUAGGUCGAGUCCGCCGGCUGUUGAGUGUUCAGGAGCCUCCUGAACUCCAACCUCCUCGACCCAUCUUCAAACGACACAGCAGCGAUGCAACAGGCAGCUUCUUCCCAGACUUCAGACAAUCCAGGAUCAAUCCGGGUCGAGAGGACAUGGCUCCACCCUCCUUCUUGGUCAUGCCCCCACCUGUCGUGGACUCCCUGUCCACUCUGAGGGAAGUCAGCAGCAACCCACCCUCCCCUGAAACCUCACCGUCUGCUGUUUUCCCCCAGCUGGUUGUCAGUCCACCUUUGUUCAGUGAUGUCUCUCACAAUGUGGAUUCUUCUGGCGAUGGUGUAGCAGCAAAACAUCAUAAUGGGCUGGAUCUGUCCCCGACUGAGGAGACACCAGGCUUGGACACCCCAAGAUCUGGCUCUUUAGUUUGUAGUUCCCCAACUCAGCUGGGACCCAAGGAAUUUCGAUGGACAACAGUCAAUGUCCAGAACCGCCCACCAACCCGACCACGGGGACGCCAGUUCUCCCUCCAGUUCUCCAGGCAGUCGUCGAAUGCCUCAGUUCGCAGCCUGCCGAGCCCCAACGCUUUGGGGAAGCGUAGACGAGGCAUGGCUCGAUUCCAGUCCCGGCGCUCGCCCGGUCCACAAACUGACACUCUGCAACUUCCUGACCCCAACUAUGACCAGGAAUUUCAGGGUACGGCAGGGACUGAAGAUGGUGAGAAAGAAGAAACCAGCAGUACUGAUGAGACCACAAAUUCCAACACCCAAUUGCAGAGCUUGGAAAAAAAAUCAGAACAGUCACACAGUAACAUAACACUGCCCAAUCAGACAGGGGUAAAUCAAACAGAGGCCAAUCUCCAAGCUGGUAACCACCUUACCCAACAAGAGAAGCCACCACUUUAACUGAAGAGAAAAGCUCCAAGCUACUUAAUUUUGUUGUUCUUAGCCAAUAAAUGCUUGGAAAGCUAGAUAUGGCAACCAGGGAUGUUUUAAAGCCUUGAGUUUGGGUUUACUACUGCACUAAAAUGGUAAACAAAAGAAUACAAAAACAUAGAAAGUAUCCCCAGAAUGAACUUUCAUGAUCAAAAAAAUCCUAAUUUGGGCAAAGGAGGUAAGAAGAGCAAGGAACAAUCACCACAGCUGUGUGUGCUAGGCUGAGACACUUGCCAUUCAAGACAAAUGUAAGCAUACCCCUCCUUACGCCUUAAUAUUUUCUUUAUGGAAGAAGAACAACGCACAUAAGAAGAAGUGAAAUAAGCUACUGAUAGCUGAACUUGUGGAAAAAAUGUGUUGACUUUGCAUUUCUGGAGAAAAGCUGUGGGUUUUUUUCCACUCAACUCUGUAGAGUCAACAUUUUAUUGGAUACCAUCUAGUGGCCAUUAGAGGAACUGUAGCACUCAACUAUGAUGACUUUUUAUUGGUGCUCAAGAUUACUGACUAGACUUUAUGAACAUUUUUUGUCUUCAUGUGAUGACUGUCGUAUUUUUAUGUUUUGUAAACGUAAUUGACAUAAUGAAUAUAGUGUCUGUUGCUGCUGAAUCACCAAAAACUGCACUUUUUGAAAUAAAAAACACUGACUGACUCGACAAUGGGA